AUGGGUCCGGAGAACACCACAUGGCGGCACGCCGCUAUCUGCAUCCCCCUCUGCACAGUAAACUCCGUCCCCUCGAUCCUCUUCACAGUCCGCAGCGCCAAACUCCGGCGACACGGCGGCGAGAUCUCGUUCCCAGGCGGAUCAAUGGACCCGGGGGAUAUAGAUGUGUACGCCACAGCGCUGCGUGAGACGCACGAGGAGAUCUUCAUUGACCCCGUGCAUGUGACGCCAUUGGGGGUGUUCCAUCCGAUGCCCGACCGCACGCAUACGAUUUUGAUACAUCCUGUGUUGUGUCAUGUGCAGAUGCCGGUGGAUCCGAAGGCGAUGCGGUUUAGUGAUAGUGAGGUUGGGGAGGUGUUUGCGGUUGGGUUGAAGGAGUUGGUGGGGAUGGAGACGAAGGUGGAGAGGUUUAGGGAUGGGGGCAGGGAGGUGAGGAAUUGGGUUGUGGGGGAGGGGAAGACUAUUUGGGGACUGACGGCGUGGGUUUUGGAGGAGGUUUUGUCGAUUAUUGUGGCGCCUGGCCCGAAGCGGCCGACGGCGUAG